CAAAUUUAUCUGCCCUACCCUUCUGUUAUUGUUCAUGUCUGUUGUUCACUUGCUUUAAUGAGUCCUGAACUUCGAAAUCGCAAUAUUCCUAGUGGGCCUGUUGUGGAAUCUGAGCAGAUUCAUUCAGAUUCACCGGUCACUUCCGCGCAAGAACCGCAAUCCACCCCAAAACGAAGAGGUCGCCCUCCGUCAAAGAACAAGAACACCAAUGUAGAACCACCCGCGAGUACACCGCCAGCUGCAGAGGAAAUCAUGCCAGCGGACGACGCAAUGCAGCUGGAUGAAUUUGCGGAGUCGUCAGGCUCAGCAACCGUAACAUACACCAAUAUGGCUCCAAUGGAAGUAAUCGACUCGUUGCGCGCACAUGUUUCGCCCACUUUGCCACCUACACCGUCUGCCGGGAACACGCCAAACACCUCUGAUAAUGAAAUGGCUGAUAGUCCAGCCAUUGAGCCUCCAAAGAAAAAGAGAGGUCGCCUGGUCAAGGGCUCUGUUCGUCAUGCGGCACAACUUCCUCUCCCACCUACUCCUUUCAAAUGUGGCAAUGAUGGAUCACAGGCGGGAGAAACGUUGUUUUUCACGCAAAAGGAAUUCAACGAUCGAUCCAUCUAUAAUCUUCAAAAGCCAUUCGAAAUGUUUAAGAUGGCUUCGGAGCCCACUUCGGCUAAAGCUCAGUCGGCUGCUACAACGCCUAAAACUGUGGCUACACCAAGCCCAAGACCAGAAGGAGAGGCUCCAGAUGUACUUGGUGGUCUUCUCACUUCUAUAUCCGCACAAAGUGAAGCUCGGUUAGAUUUGAAAUCUAGAUCAAAAAAUGUGUCGGAUUCUGUGCCGCUAGAUUAUAGUGCAAACACACCUUCAAGUGAAAGAGGCCAUUCAGAACAUAUGGACGAUCUGACUAUUGCAGCAGUAUCAGCGGGUGUGCCACUUGUUGGGUCAGGAGAGCGCUCUCAGGCCAAAUACCCUAGGAUGUCAAGAUUCAGCAGAGAGGAACAUCUCAAGUACAUGCAGACUAGCGAGUUAUUACGAUCAAAUCCUUCCCUCGUUUCUGGUGAAGACAGGUCCGCUCACGGAAAAAUGAGUCGGGAAGUUGAGGAAGAGAAGAAAGAAUUUUUGCAAUGGCAGUUAUCUCAAAUACGCGACAGUGAUGCCAUGAACAAGGUAGAUGCCAAUAUAUCACGCAUCUUGGAUCAACAUUACGCUUUGGAGCGCGAGAGAGUGGCUAGUUAUCCGGCCACCUAUGAAUUCCAAAACAGUGUCAGUGUUUUUGCCAAAGUAUUGAGAGGACAAGAACCCAUUCUGGUUCAUAAAAAUCUUUUGAAGCGACAAGGAAGCUUAUUCCGAUGCGAAUUUCCAUCAAAGCUACCCAUGGCCAUCCCGUUCAAAGACACCUACUUCUCUUCUCGCAAAAAGGAUGAUAGAACUUACGUUAAGCAGCCUGAGAUUGCCAUUGCGCAAGACUCCAAUAUACCCAAAAUGGUCACUGACCAUAACGUCCACGUUGUAGCCACCUCUAAAAGUCUCUCAUCCAUUGUUGCCUUAGAAAAAGACCGAGAUUACGAUUUGGAUAUUCCAAUUCGAAUUGUUGAACCCCAUCCAUCGGAUACAACACAAGUCAAAACUGUAUAUAUAGAUGACCCAUUUACGGAGCCAAGCAUGAAUAAUCGGCAAAGAGCCGAGAUCGUUUAUGAUGCGGUACUCAAAAGCAUCACUUUGAACCAAAAUCAAAAGCAAUCCAUAGACCACCAAGGUAAAUCCAUGUCGGAGGAAACAGCCCAAAAAACGGAGACAGGAGUUAUCUCCCCGAAUACUGUAUCCCUAAUGAAAGACACCGAUCCAACCUUGGACACACAUGGAUCUGACGAUUAUGCUGUGAAUGAAGCUAAACCUAGAGAACGCAAUGAUGAUAAUUCUAUCUACAACCUGUGGACAUUUGGUAAUAUCAAUCUGCUAGUGCGAUGGCAUGCAGAUGGAUACAUCGGCGAAAGUGAAAAGGCAAACCCUGGCACUGAGACUCGAAUGGUUGUCCUGAAAUCAAAGGUGGAUUUCUAUUUGCAUAUGGGAUACAAGGAGACCAUGACAGCUGGUGACCGUGCGAGGCAGUGGAUGACAUCGUUCCUGCAGGGACAUGCACCCAUCUACGAAGGACGAAUUGAUCCAACUACAAACAGUCUGGUCCGCAUCGAACGAAGAGAAAUGGUAGACAUCAUGGCCGAUCGAUGGCGACCCGUUCAGGAGAGCGAAAUGUUACGUCAAUUGCUAAUUAAGCUCAGGGGCUUAGAUGUAGGCGACUAUUUGCUUCGAUACUCCAAAGGCAACUAUAACCUGGAUAUUUGGAAGCACAACAGCGAUGCCAGCAAAGGAUAUAACUUGCACCACCGGUACCGGGACAUCAAGAUUGACCCUGAGCCUGCCCACGUACCUGCCUGGAGUGGAAGCAAGGAACAAAUACCGUUUACAUUCCCAAUUGCCGGCACAAUUGGUAAGAAGCAACAACAUAAGGCUGCACCUCGUCGUGGGUAUCUGUAAAGUAGCGUAGAAUAGAGUAAAGAGAAAGCAUGUAAUAAUCCACCAGAAGAACCGUCUUCUGGGACUGCCUGUAAAAUUUGUCUAAACGGUGUAAUGAGCUUUCAUUGGUAGCAAACUGGCUAAUAUCGGAGUAAAAGGACCAGCUCUCACCGACCAUGGGGCCCGGUGCCGCCAAAAGAAAUCGGCAUCUUAAUGUUGGACGGAACUCAAGCAAGCUAUGUUCAGUAAGGCCAAAUGGCCUUUGCAAAUGUUGUGUCAAAUUGCUAACCAACCAAACUGAGGCAAGCGUAGCAAUAAAGCUAAAAUUUUAAUUAA